CCUUGGAACAUUUCGAUGACCUAUCUUGGGACGACAAAAAGAGAAUCUUCGAAAACAAUAUUCAACCCUAUGUUGAAUAUCCGAUAGAGUUGCACGAUAAGGCUACGAAGCAUGCUAUGAAGAUCAUCUCUAAAGCCUGGAGGAGCUACAAGAACAAGCUUUUAAAGUGUUGGAAGAAGAAAGAGAACCCUUUUGACAAGUAUGCGGACUUGACAAAAGAAGCCUGGGACGAGCUUGUUCAAAAGUGGAAUACUCCCGAGUUCCAACAGUCAAGUGAGUAUUUUCGGGGUCUCCGAGCGCGGAACGAGCUUGACCACCACCUUGGCUCAGCGGGAUAUGCUGGAAAGCAACGCAAGUGGGAGCAGGAGGAUGAGAUGCUGGCAGAGAGGGGCAUUGAGAAUCCCUAUGAAUCGUUUGAGGGACGGCUGGCACCAUUUAUGCGUGCUAGGUCAAAGCUCACGGAGGAUGGCAAUAUCAAUUUCUACAGCACGAGCGCUGAGGAAGUUGCUCAAAGGGCUUUGAUGGAGAGCAGCCAAGGUUCAAAUGAAGGAGUGAGGGAGUUUGAUGCGCUCACCAGGGCUUUGGGAACCCGUGAGCAACGGGGUCGUGUCCGUGGUGUUUCCAGUCAGUUGACCUGGAAGGAGGGGUUCCCUAAACACAAAGGCAGAUAUCGGAAGCGGACUCGAGACUCCUCAUCAAAGGUUGACAUAGAUGAGAUCAAAAAGCAGGUGAAGAUGGAGAUGUUUGGAGAGCUAAAGACCAUCUUCGAGUCUCAGGGAUUGCCAUUCCCUGAUUUGCCGGGGAAGUAG